AUGGCGUUUGAAAGAUGGUCAUGGUGCUCGUUCACCAUUCUAGUCUUCCUUGCUGCAUGUGAUGGUGAACAGAUGUGCCCUGCUCCAGACACAACGCUGGUUUGCUCCAGAUGCCCCAAUGCCUGCCCAGGCCCUGAAUGCGCUCAGCUUUCAUACGGGUCGAAAUGUGCAGGAGGCAGUUGGCUGAACAUCAACUCAACUUUCAUGAGCCUGAACUGUGCUCCUCCGCCAGGAUUGCCUGCAGAAAAAUAUCCUGCGCCUCUCAUAACCAGUCCACAAGUCAAAGUGCCCCUUUCAUGCGAAGGUCAGAUCAAGAAGGGUUUGUGGCCUUUCGACGCUGACAACAUGACUUUCUCAUUGGAGACCAUGUUUCAAGUCGACUCGUCGCAAACAGCAGACGUCUACACAUCCUGCCUAGAAGUCUCUCUGCAACCAACGGAGUCAGGAGCUUCGGAUCUUGUCAACACUGACGAGGCCCUCGCGUGCCCCGUGACGUCUUCGCAGCUGGCCUCGUACGCAUACAGUGGUCUUAGUCUUUUUGUGUGUCUCGGAACGAAGCUUUCGCUGGAUCCUUACUGUCGUCAAGGCCGCUGGGUGGAGGUGAUCACAGGAGCUUGCGUGGGGGAGAGAGUCUUCGGGGACAUCGAGCUGACCGACCCCGGUACGAGGCUGCUGAUGCGAGUUGGUGGUCCUACCAACAUCACUGGAUGUCAGACCAAGUGGAAGGCAGACGUGACAAGGACUAAGGGAGGAUGCAGGUCGCUGCAUCAGGGGUAUGGGAGCUGCUGUAUCAGCUCCUGCGUUAGAGGAUAUAGGUUGUUGCCCAACAGUUGCCAGUGCAUUUGCCCUGCCGGAUAUGCUGGAAUUCUAUGCGAGAAGACUGAGCCGCAUUUGGACAUUGUCUUGACCGUCUUCAACAUCACACAAGCUGAUUGGGUUGUUUUGAACACAAACAGCAUCGGCAAAGGACAGAUGCAGAACCAGUACAAGGUCGUCUCCGCGAUUGCUGAUACUCUCAGUAUCCCGCGAUCUCGUGUAGAGUUCGGGUGGGCCGAUGCACCAGCAAGUCGACGAAGGGAAUUCUCCUCUGAAUCUCCAGCAGGAAGCCAAGUCUCGGUAGCGGACCCAGGAAGACGUGCUUCCCAGCGCUGCGACUCGCCUGAUGUUUCUGUUGCCAACAGCAGGGGCAUAUCGAUGUUGAAGAUUCGUUUGCUUUCCACGUUUGAAUAUGAGCUGCCUCUCCUCAGUCAGAAAUUCAGUGCCAACGUCGAGAGUGGCGCAUUUGAAAACGCCUUCGGUGCAUCGGGCCUGUACAUCUGUAUCAUAUCCUCUCAAAUCACAUUUUACAACGCGUUUGCGUAUGAGUUGCAGUCCAAGACUUUGGUGCAAAAAGCACAAGGCAUAACCAUAAGUGACGUGAUUCUGAUCGUUUUUAGCAUCUUGGGAGCUCUGACUGCACUGUUCUAUCUUUUCUUGUACUACAUGAUUCAUCGAUCUCAUACAAGGGACGCUACUGAGCAUCUUCGCAAGUACAAGCCGGUUCAGCCCCUGUUCUCGCAAGCUCUGGGCUGGAGCUUUGCUCACCCAAUAACGAAAGAGGUCAUCAAGCUGCCGAGCAGUGUCAGCAGGAUCCUGGAGAACGCCUAUAUAUUUGAUUGGUUGCAAGAUGGUAGGACCAACGUGAAGCUCACGGUCCCACUGCAAGGCAAGUGGAUCGCAGACUUCAGUGAGAUGAGGGCGUACGAGACGCUGCAUACCUCCAAGUUCGCCAUCACUAGGAUAGUUGACGCCAUCACGUUCGGGCUGGAUGCCUCGGCUCUCCCGCAAGACCACUUUUACGAUGACAGGACGAUCUCCGUCACCGAGGUGACCAGCUACGAUGAGAGCAGAAACAUCGGACAGGUCAGGAAAGUGAUUUCUUACAACGGAAAACUGCGGGAGCUUAAAGUUGAUCGACCGUUCAUCGUCAUCCCAACCAUCGGAUGUCAAGUGCAGCUAGGAGGCAAGUCAGGGCUGGGAUACUACAACCUGCUGCCGCCUGGGAUGGACGUGUACGAGCUGGACAAGUUUGCAAUUCCGCCGAAGCCUUCAGUCGCUCAUCGCAAGAGGAUGGAGAAUUGGUUGCACGAGACCAGGGAGGUGGCGCGAGGGCGACUGGCGGAAGAGAUUCACUAUCCCACCUCCCGCCCUCUUCCACCUACUGCGCAGGCCAACCUACAGUCCAUGGCCGCUCGAAUGAAAUUGGCCCAGCAGGCAUCGGGCGAGGUUGAAGCGCAGGACCCGAAGCAUUCAGAGGAGCUCGUGCAGAUGUCAGGGAAGGAGCUGCGUGACUGGCAAUCGAGGCUGCACGAAGAUUAUGUGAGGAGCCGAGACGCCAGGGACAAGAUCCUGGCGACAAAGAGAAGAGAUAGGGAGAGGAUGCAAAUCCACAGCGCCGACUCGCUCACUCAGAUCCGAGACCAGGUCUACCUGAAGGAACUCUUCAACCCGGACUCAGGGCAGGAAGUCCUGCAGGAGGUUGGGGUGCGGGACGCGUCUGCUGAGAAUAGGGUGAGCUUGCAGAGGAUGGAGUCGACGAUGCGAGACUCCUCCGCGAGCUCGAGCCUAGUGCUUCCUCGUCAGACGAGCGGCAGGGGGUCGUUCGCUUCGCGCCUGCAGCAGAUGGCGCGUGCUAGCGGUAUCACCAAGGUAACCAACAGAGAGGUUGUGGAGGAUGAGGGGAAUACAGACCAACGAAAUGAUCAGAGUGAGUUGUCGACGCGACUCGGAGUGCCGUGGGACCAUACCAUCCGCGAACCUGCAUCCGAAGUUUCUUCUCCAAAUGAAACUCCGGUAAGAAUGAUUCUUUUGUUUCCCUCGUCGUGA